AUGCAGAACGUUUACCACACCAGAAACUCAAAUCCUUCGCAGAACCUGUCGCGUAAGGAGAUCAUAAAAUGGAUUAACAGUACCCUGAACAUCGAUAUUAAGAAGCUGGAGGAUCUGGGAUCCGGCGCCGAGUACUGUCAGCUGUUUAACCAACUCCAUCCGGACACCAUAAACCUGAAGAAGGUGAAACACGGUUCACAUCUCCAGGCGGACUUCCAGGCCAACUUCCUUUUGCUACAGCUGGCCCUGCAGAAGGUGGGCGUGGACAAGGACAUCAAGAUCGGCAGGAUGAUUGUGGGUGGCCGUCGCGAGAACUUGGACUUCGCUCAGUGGUUCAAAAAGCUCUACGACCGAAACAUUGACAAGAAGGACACAGUCUUCCAGGAUGUCUCGGAGCCCAGCAAGCGGUCGUCCAGCAAGCGGUCAUCCAGCAAGCAGUCGUCUAGCAAGCGGUCGACCAGCAAGCGGUCGUCCAGCAAGCAGUCGUCCAGCAAGCGGUCGUCCAGCAGUACAGUAGUUCCAUCCCGUACCCCAAGCCAGCGAUCGGUGUCACUCACUCCUUUCCCGAAAACAUCAACCAGACUUCGUUGGUGUAAGGAAGCUUACUUUUAG